GUCUCAGGGAAGAGGAAGGGCCGAGUCACCAAAUCAGAGGGAGCAGAGAGCCGGACCGCGGACCCCAGGGAGGAGGGGACCGGACCCCAGAGGCAGAGGGAAAGAAGGGUCGGAACCCCCGAGGUUGGGAGGAAAGCGGGGCUAGAUCCACAGCCCGCGUAGCCCCGGCCAUGGCUCUGUAGCCGCAACCCCUCUGUGCCCCCGGCCAGUCUCUGCGCUCACCGCGCCUGCGCUCUCCGCUCCUGCCGUCUUUCUUCAGCCGAGGCCGCCACCGCCUCUCCUUUGCGCAGCCAUGGAGUACUCCACUCUUGCCUUGGUGCCUGUCUUCGUCCAGCUGAGUAACCGCCAGAGCCUCCUGCCAGUUGUUGGUUCAGCCUUCUCCAUUGCCAUCCGUGCCCAACGCCCGUGCUGCAGCCAUGUCACUCCUGGCGACCCUGGGGCUGGAGCUGGACAGGACCCUGCUCCCAGCUAGCGGGCUGGGCUGGCUCGUAGACUAUGGGAAACUCCCCCUGGCCCCUGCCCCCCUGGGCCCCUAUGAGGUCCUUGGGGGAGCCCUGGAGGGCGGGCUUCCAGGGGGGGGAGAGCCCCUGGCAGGCGAUGGCUUCUCUGACUGGAUGACCGAGCGGGUGGACUUUACAGCCCUCCUCCCUCUGGAGCCCCCCUUGCCCUCAGGUGCCCUCCCCCCACCUUCCCCACCCCCACCUGACCUGGAAGCUAUGGCCUCCCUCCUCAAGAAGGAGCUGGAGCAGAUGGAAGACUUCUUCCUUGACGCCCCACUCCUCCCACCAUCCUCCCCACCUCCGACACAGCCAGCACCGGCACCCUCCCUCUCCCUCCCCCUCCCCCUGCCUACCUUUGACCUCCCCCCGCCCCCGGCCCCGGACACCCUCGACUUGCUGGCUAUCUACUGCCGCAGUGAGGCCGCGCAGGGGAACUCGGGGUUGGCGCCCCCCCUGUCCCCGCCACAGCAACCCCCUUCUCCUCCCCCUCAACCCUCCCGCCCCACCCCCUACCCCAAUCCUGCCGCCACCCGAGGGGACCGCAAGCAAAAGAAGAGAGACCAGAACAAGUCAGCAGCUCUGAGGUACCGCCAGAGGAAGCGUGCAGAGGGCGAGGCCCUGGAGGGCGAGUGCCAGGGGCUGGAGGCCCGGAACCGGGAGCUGAGGGAGAGGGCUGAGUCGGUGGAGCGGGAGAUCCAGUACGUCAAGGAUCUGCUCAUCGAAGUGUACAAGGCUCGAAGCCAGAGGACCCGGCCCAGCUAGCUGGGCGGGGUCUUCAGGCCAUAGCGGGCGAGCUGCUCUUCAGCCGUGGCUCACUUCUGUUUCUGGGCCUGAGGUGGGAGGUCCCUCGUCAUCCCCCUGCCUCUAGCUGCCUUCCAACCUCCCCCUCCUCCCCCCUUCCUCCUCCCUCCCCUCCCCCUCCCCCUCCCCUUUUAUCCUUGCCUCCUUUCCUGUCCAUUCUGAAUUUGCUCCCCUCCUCCCUCCCCAGAAUCAUGGAAUGUUUGGCCUUAGUCAACAUCUAUACCCUUCAACUAACAGCUGAGGAACCGAGGCCCAUGGGGAAUUGGGGGGGCAGGGGAGAGCUUGGAAACCUGGUCUCUCAAGCAGGGAAGUGAGGCCAGGAAUCUCUGCAGAACGUCUAUGCAAAGGAGGACAGGGAAGCCAUCUGGAGACUAAGUCAGGGAGGGCUUUAAGAAAGGUGCCCGCAGAAUACAAGCAAAAUCAGCCAAGUGACCUUGGGGAACUACAUUUGGGGGUGGAACCAAAAAGGUGGCCGAGUUCACAGAGCAGGUGGAUAAG